AUGACAUCAUACAGAGAAGACAGAACUUCUGUGGAAGCACAAGAACCUACCCUAGAGCCUUACAUAACCCUAGAGCGCCUCCUGAUGGGCGACCUGGCUCCCAUCGCUGGAGAGCAGGUGAUUCUGUCUGAGAGUGAGGAGGUGAUUCUAUCUGAGAGUGAGGAGGUGAUUCUAUCUGAGAGUGAGGAGGUGAUUCUGUCUGAGAGUGAGGAGGUGAUUCUAUCUGAGAGUGAGGAGGUGAUUCUAUCUGAGAGUGAGGAGGUGAUUCUGUCUGAGAGUGAGGAGGUGAUUCUAUCUGAGAGUGAGGAGGUGAUUCUAUCUGAGAGUGAGGAGGUGAUUCUAUCUGAGAGUGAGGAGGUGAUUCUGUCUGAGAGUGAGGAGGUGAUUCUAUCUGAGAGUGAGGAGGUGAUUCUGUCUGAGAGUGAGGAGGUGAUUCUAUCUGAGAGUGAGGAGGUGAUUCUGUCUGGGAGUGAGCAGGUGAUUCUGUCUGAGAGUGAGGAGGUGAUUCUAUCUGAGAGUGAGGAGGUGAUUCUAUCUGAGAGUGAGGAGGUGAUUCUGUCUGAGAGUGAGGAGGUGAUUCUGUCUGAGAGUGAGGAGAGUGAGGAGGUGAUUCUGUCUGAGAGUGAGGAGGUGAUUCUGUCUGAGAGUGAGGAGGUGAUUCUGUCUGAGAGUGAGGAGGUGAUUCUGUCUGGAGUGAGCAGUGAGGAGGUUAUUCUGUCUGAGAGUGAGGAGGUGAUUCUGUCUGAGAGUGAGGAGGUGAUUCUGUCUGAGAGUGAGGAGGUGAUUCUGUCUGAGAGUGAGGAGGUGAUUCUGUCUGAGAGUGAGGAGGUGAUUCUGUCUGAGAGUGAGGAGGUGAUUCUAUCUGAGAGUGAGGAGGUGAUUCUGUCUAGUGAGGAGGUGAUUCUGUCUGAGAGUGAGGAGGUGAUUCUGUCUGUGAGUGAGGAGGUGAUUCUGUCUGAGAGUGAGGAGGUGAUUCUGUCUGAGAGUGAGGAGGUGAUUCUGUCUAGUGAGGAGGUGAUUCUGUCUGAGAGUGAGGAGGUGAUUCUGUCUGAGAGUGAGGAGGUGAUUCUGUCUGAGAGUGAGGAGGUGAUUCUGUCUGUGAGUGAGGAGGUUAUUCUGUCUGUGAGUGAGGAGGUGAUUCUGUCUGAGAGUGAGGAGGUGAUUCUGUCUGAGAGUGAGGAGGUGAUUCUGUCUGUGAGUGAGGAGGUUAUUCUGUCUGAGAGUGAGGAGGUGAUUCUGUCUGAGAGUGAGGAGGUGAUUCUGUCUGAGAGUGAGGAGGUGAUUCUAUCUGAGAGUGAGGAGGUUAUUCUGUCUGAGAGUGAGGAGGUGAUUCUGUCUGAGAGUGAGGAGGUGAUUCUGUCUGUGAGUGAGGAGGUUAUUCUGUCUGUGAGUGAGGAGGUGAUUCUAUCUGAGAGUGAGGAGGUGAUUCUGUCUGAGAGUGAGGAGGUUAUUCUGUCUGUGAGUGAGGAGGUUAUUCUGUCUGUGAGUGAGGAGGUGAUUCUGUCUGAGAGUGAGGAGGUGAUUCUGUCUGAGAGUGAGGAGGUGAUUCUGUCUGAGAGUGAGGAGGUGAUUCUGUCUGAGAGUGAGGAGGUGAUUCUGUCUGUGAGUGAGGAGGUUAUUCUGUCUGAGAGUGAGGAGGUGAUUCUGUCUGUGAGUGAGGAGGUUAUUCUGUCUGUGAGUGAGGAGGUUAUUCUGUCUGUGAGUGAGGAGGUGAUUCUGUCUGAGAGUGAGGAGGUGAUUCUGUCUGAGAGUGAGGAGGUGAUUCUGUCUGAGAGUGAGGAGGUGAUUCUGUCUGAGAGUGAGGAGGUUAUUCUGUCUGUGAGUGAGGAGGUUAUUCUGUCUGAGAGUGAGGAGGUGAUUCUGUCUGGGAGUGAGCAGGUAAUUCUGUCUGAGAGUGAGGAGGUGCUGGGAGUGAGGAGAGAUGACAGCUCCUCGCGGGGUUUCCUCUGCUCAAACACGUGUCUCUCUUUUCCUUUCCGCAUUUCAGCAGCAGACACCAGGGAGCACAGAGCUCUGCAACCAGCCUACAACAUGGUGCUGCUGCAUGUGCUAUUCGAACAUGCCUCUGGAUAUGCUCUAUUCGCAGUCAAAGAAGUGGAGGAGAUUGGGAUGUUGCUGCCACAGGUGGAAGAGUGUGUCCUCAGUCUCUCAAAGUUUAACUCAAUGGUGAGUUUGGCCGCAUUCUUCCCCUUCAAGUCUGCACAGGGAGCUCUGGAGAACAUGAACGCAAUCUCUGAAGGGUUGGUUCACGCAGACCUGAAGCUCUUCCUCGACACAAACGUCCCUCGCCCUGGGAAAAAAAAGCCGGUUGUGGGUGUAUCUGAUGCAAAGAUUGGCGCAGCCUUACAGGAAGAGUUCGGCAUGUCCAUCCAGACCGGAGGAGUGGUGGUGGAGAUACUGAGGGGUAUCCGGCUGCACUUUCAUGCUCUGGUCAAAGGCCUCACCGCGGUUGCUGCGUCCAAGGCUCAGCUCGGACUGGGACACAGUUACUCUAGAGCUAAAGUAAAGUUCAAUGUAAAUAGAGCAGACAACAUGAUCAUCCAGUCCAUCGCUCUCCUGGACCAACUUGAUAAGGACAUCAACACCUUCAGUAUGAGAGUUCGAGAAUGGUACGGCUACCACUUCCCAGAGCUGGUAAAGAUUGUAGCUGAUAACUCUACAUACUGCCGUCUGGCACAGCUCAUUGGGAACCGGAAGGAGCUGAGUGAGGAGAGUCUCCCGUCUCUAGAGGAGGUGGUGAUGGACGGCGCUAAAGCACAGGCCAUCCUGGAUGCGUCACGCCAGUCUAUGGGCAUGGACAUCUCUCCCAUCGACCUCAUCAACAUCGAGCGCUUUUCCAGCCGUGUGGUUUCUCUAGCAGCCUACAGACUGGAGCUGCAAGAGUAUCUUCGCUCAAAGAUGGGACAAGUCGCCCCCAACCUGGCAGCCCUUAUUGGAGAAGUGGUUGGUGCUAGACUAAUAUCUCAUGCUGGGAGCCUCACAAAUCUUGCCAAAUACCCCGCAUCCACUGUGCAGAUCCUCGGCGCGGAGAAGGCCCUGUUCAGAGCCUUGAAGACCAGAGGAAACACACCCAAAUAUGGUCUGAUCUUCCACUCAACCUUCAUUGGUCGAGCUGCUGCCAAAAACAAAGGUCGAAUCUCCCGUUACCUGGCCAACAAAUGCACCAUCGCUUCGCGGAUAGACUGCUUCUCUGAACUUCCCACCUCAGUCUUUGGGGAUAAGCUGAGGGAGCAGGUGGAGGAGAGACUGUCGUUCUAUGAGACCGGAGACCUUCCACGGAAGAACGUGGACGUGAUGAAGGAGGCGGUGGUGGAGGCUGGAGAGGUGACUGCAGAACUCAAACGAAAACUGGACAAAAAGGAAAAGAAACGACUGAAGAAAGAAAAGAAACUUCAGGAAGUAGAGAAUGGGACCAAUGGAGAUGCAGAGCAUGAAGACGGAGAUGCAACGCCAGUGGUGAAGAAGAAAAAGAAACGAGAGUCUGAGGGCCCCACAGACGAGGCUCUCGAGGAAAGCGCCGAAACAUCAGGCAAAAAGAAGAGAAAACGAAAGUCUGAGCCACAAGAGACUGCCCCAGCAGAGGCCACUGAAGAGACUGCAACUCCCAAAAAGAAAAAACGGGCAAGCGAAGAGGCCCCUGAGGGUCCUGUGGAGGAGGCUGCAGUGUCUGACAAGAAGAAGAAAAAGAGAAAGGAGGCAGAGUAG